AUGGGCAGUUUGGGCAAAACAACUCUUGCAAGAGCGUUGUAUAACAAGUGGUGUUCUGAAUACAACGGGUCUCAUCAUUUUGUGGAAAAAGUGGGAGAAAAAUCAAAGAAUCAUGGAAUACAGGCUGUGAAGAAAGAUCUUAUUAAGGCAUUAUUAGGGGACAACAAUUCUCACACUAGUUCUUAUGACAUGAGGAGACUUAGACGGAAAGAAGUUUUUAUUGUUUUUGAUGAUGUUAAUAAUUAUGAUCAAGUGAACAAUUUGGUUGGAAGAAAAGACCGCCCUGCCCCUGACCCAAAACUAAGAGGGUUGGCAAAGAAAUUGACUAGGUAUGCAAAUGGAAAUCCACUGGCCCUGAAAGUUUUAGGUUCCUCCUUGGCUAAUGAGAAGGAUCAAGAAGCUUGGGAAAGCCGAUUAGAAAAACUUCGAAAAUCAGCUGAUCUAGAAAUUAACGAAGUCCUGAAAAUAAGUCUUGAAGGACUUGAUAUUGAAGCGAGAGAGAGUUUCUUGGAUAUUGCAUGUGUUUUAACUGGUGAUGAUACUGAGGGACGUGUUCUAACUAGGGAUGUUGAGGUGGUAAAAAAUUUGUUAAAAGCACGACGUGGUUAUUCAACCGUUUUUGACUUGAACAGACUUAGAGAUGCAGCUCUUUUAGAAGUUGAUGAAUUUGGGAGAAUAUUAAUGCACGAUCUGCUAAAAGAAAUGGGUCGGCAGGUUGUUCGUGAAGAGUCAAAGGAUCCUAGAAAGCGUAGUCGAUUAUGGGAUCCUAAAGAUAUAUCUGAAAUAUUGGAAAACGAAAGGGGAAGUGAAGCCAUUGAAGGUGUAAGUUUGAACCUUCCAGAAGUUGGAGAGAUGUGCUUAAGUCCUGGAGCCUUUCGUUCAAUGCCCAACCUAAAGAUUCUUAAUUUUUAUUUUUUCCUCCUUUUCGAUGGUGAGGGUGAAGUCGAUGGUGGGGAUGAAUUCAAUGUACAAAUUCCUGAUGGUAUAGAUUUUUUGCCAGAAGGACUCAUGCAAUUGCUUUGGAAGGCAUGCCCUUUAGAGUCGCUGCCAGCACCAUUCAGAGCUGAAAAUCUUGUUCAACUUGACAUGUCCAACAGCAGAUUGACAAGACUUUGGGAUGGAGUGCAGAAUCUUCCGAACUUAAUCGAAAUUACGCUCGCUCGAUCAGAAGACUUGAUUGAACUCCCAGAUUUUUCCAAGGCCGUCUUGAACAUCCUUACAAGCGAUACCCCUCUCCAAUCUCUCCUUCGGCUCUAUGCAGGUGGUUGCUCAAGUCUGGAGAAAUUUUCAGUGACCUCAGAAAGUGAAGAUUUCUAUUUAGACCUUUCAGGAACUGCCAUCAGUGGUGCGUUGCGCUCAUCAAGUGGGCAUCGCGGCAAAAUUCGUUCAUUAUCUCUAAACAAUUGCAGAAACGUGACAAGCGUUCACAAAUUGAUUAAGCUGCGUGACCUUCGACGUCUUGAAGCUGGAGGUUGUAAUGAGCUAGCAUUAAGUCUCCUGUCCAAGUGUUAUAAUUUGGAAUUUCUAUGGCUUGCGGAUUGCAAUGAAUUAUCUGAACUUCCUAAUGACAUCAGGAUGCCGUCAUCAUUACGUGAGUUAGUUCUCUCACGGACUCAUGUGCAGACCUUGCCUUCAAGCAUCAAACAUCUUUCACGCCUCCAACGUCUUAGACUGGAUGGAUGUAAAAGGCUUCGUUGUCUACCAGAGCUCCCUCCCUCUAUCUUGACAUUGAUUGCCGCUAACUGCAUAUCCCUUGAGACCAUACAAUAUUCACCUUUGACAAACGAAGGUGAAGAAGGAAAAGAUAAGGCAUGUCCGUGCUUUAUAUUCACAAAUUGCAAGAAGCUGAAUCGUCGGGCAAUCAAAGCUGCUGAGGCAAGAGUGCUACUUGAGAUAAAGAAAGCCACUCAUGACUAUGCUGGAUUGGAAUAUCCAGGAAAAAGAGUUCCAAAGUGGUUCAUGUAUAAGGAUAAAGGGUCUUCGGUGUCUGUGAAUCUCAGUUCGAUUCCAAAUUCUGAGCAUGGGAGAUUCCUUUUUUGCGUCGUCGUUUCUGAAUUACCAUGGGGGAUAGAAGAAAUUGAUGCCAAAUGGUUUGUUGAUGGUAAAUAUGCUUGCAGGGGAGCUAAAAGCUCGUUUUCCGUGUUUGAGCGGACGUCCUCAAAGCAUGUUUGUCUUUGGUAUGAUCCAGAUUCAUUUGGAAAACUAAAAAGGAAAAUAGGAGAAAAGAAAAGAAAUGGUCAGAGCAACAUGGAUCUUCAAGUUAAAUUCAAAGUCCGUUGGGAUGAUGACAGAAGAGUAGAGAUCAAAAGGUGUGGGGUAUGCCCGAUAUCUGCAGUUGAAUAUCAAGAUGGUGAAAUUAAACAAAUUCCAUUGCCAUUGCCUCCUCAGCCUAGCUCUAAUGCAAACGGAAGCGGCCUCUCCAAAACGCAAAUAUAUGAAAAUCUUUAA